CCCUUCCUGAACUGCCCAGCCACCUCCACGGACGGUGACUAUUUGGGUGCGCAAGCACUGUGGUCCCAUCUGCCGGCGUUUGGGACUGAUGAAGACGACAACCAUCAGCGAGUCGGAGCUCUCGCCUCGAUGCCUGUUACCAACGGCGUGAGGUACAGCGUACAGCAGCCAGCUAUGCAGGAUUUGCAACAGCCUCCCGCUAUGUCAACAACCAUGCAGACCCUGGGACCCUCAAUCAACUCUAUCCCGGCAUUUAUGGGGAGGAAUAACGCCUAUUCACCUUCUUAUUCUCUUCAACGGGGGCUGGGAUUCCCGUUGGGCGAUGUUCCUCGGGCCCACCAAUACACGACCACUCGAGUUCUGGACACUGGCUUCGACCGGAGCCAAAAUACUUUGGUUCAGCCCAUGAUGGAACAAGCUCAACGAUCCCAGCCACAGACCGAUAAUAAUUCAGCUCCACCGUUUGAAGAAACAUGCGUCCUUGAGUCCAUUGUGGCGGAUAUGGCAGGCACGCAGCACACGAUCACACCUGAGGUCCAUGCCAAAAUGGGUCGAGGAUUCUUUCCAUCUGAAGGCAAAUGGACCUGCUAUCGCCGGAAUUAUUUCGCCGUCACCUGCUCAUUUACACUGCAGCCCUGGCUGUCAUCGAUUCCACUGUAUCUUCGCAAGCCAGAUCAGACGCUGGAACCCAUUCGAGGUUUCGCAAUGUCCAUCUCUGCUAUCGUGAACGGGCAAUAUGGCGAGACGCGGGAUCUGGUGCAGCAUACUCCAAAGAGAGAUAAGCAGUCCGAGACCAGGCCUGGCCGGGUUAUUCUCCAACCUGCGCCGCCCAUUUCGCUAUCUGCAGGAACUCUUGCAAAUGGUAGCAAUUCGGCAUUUUCGCAGUCGAUGGACUGCAAUUCAUCUUUCACAAAUACUGCUCAGCCCUGCCAGCCACCUACGCAGCACAUUUUCCAGCGAAUUCAGUUCCAAAAGGCGACCGCCAACAAUGGCAAGCGCCGCGCGCAGCAACAAACCUACAAUCUGAUUGUUGAGCUCCAGGCUGAAGUUUACAACCCUAUCGAUGGCAAAGCUCGAUGGGUUCAAGUCGCUCGACGUCAAUCACACGCCAUGGUUGUCCGCGGCCGCUCUCCUGGUCACUACAAGGAUGGUCGUCGGGACAGCGCCGCUAGCAUGGGCCCCGAUACCAAUGCCGGCGACGGCAGCGGAGGUUCUCUCCCUCCCGGAAUCGGCCAAGCAGCGCGGUCCCAUCUGCUCAUGUACGACUCGGGCCAUCGUGGUCAGUUCGGUAGAACAGACUAUCGACACAUGCCUACGGCAGAGCAUUCCCCGCUGAGUGACAGUCCUUUGAUCUCGUCGUCUUCUUCGUCGGGGUUUGACUACUCAAUCAUGAAUGAUACGAUGGACCCAAUGGAUACGCUCAAGACUGAUCCCUAUCUCAAGACCGAUCUCUACCACGACCCGACCUUCGCCGGAGUUCCCGGCCACCAGCACAGGCAGCAGACCAAUUCUGGAGGAUAUGAUCCUGUCUGCUCGACUUACGGCCGCUACGAUCCCAUUCAAAACCCGCACAGAUUAUGUACCUAA